AGGCAUUCGAUCAUCUCACCCACUGCCCCAUCCCUUCCGCAUCCACAACGCUUUCUCCUGAAGAGCGCGUACCGAAGAAGCGCAGAGCAGUUGCUAGAGAUCGUCGAUCUGGAACAGUGGGGGUUGUAUCUCAGUGAAGCAUUGUGAGUAAUUUAAGUAGCGAGUGGAGAAUUGGUGCCAGUCAUUGUGGCAAUUGGCCGUGACGCAGAGGUGCGAGAGGCAAAGAAAUUGAGAACCGGAGAGGGAGAGCAGUUUAUAAAGAGGAGCGGCUUGUCCUGAAGACAGAAGUCGUCAAUUGAGGUGGAGUGGAAAGAUCUGAAGAGUCCUGAGGGCAGUGGAUAGUGUACAGUGUCGUCCGUUGUGCAGGUCUUUGUCCGGGAUAAGCGGAGUAGUAGUUGGAAGUGCCUGUUUUGUUCGAGCGUUUGUUUGACGGCGAAGUGUGUUUUCUAAUCGGUCCGCGAUGGUGGUACAGACUGCAAUUAUGUCGACUCUGAACCCGAAUGCUCCUUUGUUCAUUCCCGCUUCCUUCAUGGCUGCGGAAGAUUUCUCACCCGAGUGGUGGAGGCUCGUGGAGACCUGUCCCGCAUUCCGGGAUUAUUGGCUGAGAGAGCGAUUCGAGAGUGGAGACCCUUACGACGGUCCCACCGAAGAAGACGAGUUCGAUGCGAUCGACGAUCUGCUGGACAUUCAGAACCAGAUUCAGUUUGAUGGACUCGACAUAGCUGACGAUCUGGCCCACCACAAGCAAGACAAUGGAUGUUACGUUCCCCUGGAGCGUUGGCAGGCGACUUACAGUUUGGCUGCAUAAAGUUUUCCCCGUCCAGCAUAGGCCUGAAUCGUGAUGUAGAUAAGGAUGUGGUCAGCGCUUUCAUUGGGCUUGAUGUCAACUCGAUCAAGUCUCACAUGAUGUGGCGUGAGCCUCUUAAGCACCACGACAAGGUAGCAAGCAAGGCGUUGAAGAGCCCACGAAAAGGCGCUAUGCAUCGAAUUCAGCAGCCCCGCGCCUGAAUGGAACACAACAUGGGGAUAUCAAACUGAUAUGUGCGGAUUCUUGUAGAUUGAUAGGAUGGCAAUUGCUGAUCACCUACUCCUGCAGAGGUCAAUUGGCUUCCCGUGGGGUAUUUUCGGUGUCACCAUUGACCCACACUAAACUUUAUCGCCAUGUAGAUUCUUAUGUGUAGAUUCGGUGUAAAUUUCUGUACCCUAAAACUGUCAAGUCUCUUGUGGAUAGAGUUCGAGACAACGUAGUGAGAAAACAAAAAAGGCCUCUUGUAUUUGAUCUAUCUGGCAUGUAGUCAGCGGAAUUAAAAUUGUCUGAUCUCAGGAUAAGGAUAAAUUCUUCAG